AUGCAUAUUUUUGUAAAAACCCUGACUGGAAAAACAAUAACUCUUGAAGUAGAGUCGUCUGACACCAUCAAUAUUGUGAAACAAAAAAUUCAAGAUGAAGAAGGAAUUCCUCCAGAUCAACAAAGGCUGAUAUUUGCGGGUAAGCAGUUGGAUGACAAUCGCACUCUAUCAGAUUAUGACAUUCAAAAAGAGUCAACGCUUCACAUGGAACACGACGCGCUUGUCCAACUUCAAAAGCGUUACGAUCACGACAUGGAGGAAGAACGAAAAAGGAACGCGAAUUUACUCGAGGAAAAAUUUCACGACAAUGACGUCGAAAUGGAAGAGGUGAAACCAAAAACCGACAAUUAUUUCCGAGAGUACCUCGAAUUGUUGGCCACGCACAAUACCUUAAAAAGACACUAUCAACUGUUAAAGAAAUAA